CCAAAUGAUAUCUGAUGUAAGAAAAUUUGCUAAUAGAAAAUGUUGCAAUUAAUGGUACUUUUGCAAAUGGUAUGGGCACUCAUACCUUUUAUUAAAGGGGAGUGCGUUUCAAAGGGAGACAUUGUUUUUCUACUGGACGAGUCCGGCAGUAUUGGAUCGCAAAACUUUGAACGAAUGAAGUCAUUUGUUAGCUCCUUCGUGGAUAACUUCAAAGUUGGAAGCAACGCAAAUCAAUUCAGUGUAGUCAACUUUGAGUCAUCUUCUAGAGAGAUAUUUCCACUCAACAGAUAUCACACAGUGUCUAGUCUUCAAUCUGCCAUAUCUUCCAUUUCUUUCUCCAGCGGAGGAACAAGCAUAGGAAGUGCCCUAGAUUAUGCCCGGAUGUACUCUUUUAGUUCCGCCAGAGGAGCAAGAAGUGAUUCGGCAAAAAUUGCUGUUCUAAUCACCGAUGGACAAAGUUCCCUUUCCAACGAGCCCGAACAACUAAAAGCAAUAGGGGUCACGAUAUUUUGUGUCGGGGUAGGAACUGGAAUAAAUUCAGCUGUGCUCAGAUCAGUGGCUUCCCACAACGACUACACGUAUCUGACCACGUUUGAUUUAUUGUCAUUGUUGGCAAACGAAUUGUCAAAUGGAACCUGUGCUGAUGACAUAAACGAUUGUCUAAGUGAUCCAUGUUUAAAUGGCGGAACAUGUGAAGAUCAGUUUGGGAAAUACGUUUGUCACUGUCUGUCCGGAAACACAGAUCCAAAUUGCUACGCUCCGG